AAGCUAGCAGGUGGUACAUCCUGUGAAGAAGUUCAUAGAGACACUCAGCACUUCUAAAACCACCAGUCUGAGAAGACAAAGACCCCAUCACACUCUCUCUUACACUCUCUCAAACACGUUCUCAGACACGCUCUUUGACAACAUGGCUGCCACAUCUCUCCUGCUCCUGUUCAUCACUCUCCUGCCUGCUCCAGGGCUCACAGCCUACCAGGACUCUGGGAUAGUGAAUGGAGCAGAAGCCAGACGCCACUCCAAACCCUACAUGGUCUCUGUACAAGCAAAGAAGUCACACAUCUGUGGAGGGUUCCUCGUGUCUGAGAGCUUUGUCAUGACAGCCGCCCACUGCUACAAAUGGGCUGUGAAUCUGACGGUUGUGGUUGGUGCUCAUGACAUUACAAGACAGGAAAGUUCAUCUUACAGGAUUGAUGUGAAAUAUUACCACAUACAUCCUGGUUACAAUGCUAAGAGAUUGGAGAACGACAUCAUGCUGUUGCAGCUUGUCAAAACYACCCCGAAGAGCAAAGCUGUGCAGCAGAUCCCUCUCCCUAAGAAAGACCAGGACAUCAAGGCCAAAUCUUUCUGUACCGUGGCAGGUUGGGGUGCCACAGAAACAGGGGGCACUGCAAACCCACGCCUUCUGGAGGUGAAUGUCACCGUUGUAGACAGAAGUUCCUGCCAGAGAUCUUGGGGGAACACUGCCACCAUAACCCCGUCUCUGAUAUGUGCCGGUGGUACCGCUGCUGAUUAUAAAGGUGUUUGCCAGGGAGAUUCAGGAGGUCCUCUGGUGUGUAAGGGGACAGCAGUAGGAGUUGUGUCAUUCAACCAGCAAGGAAACUGCAAUGAGCCACAGAAGCCCAACGUCUACACCAAAAUAUCCAAGUAUCUUUCCUGGAUCAAGUCUAUCAUUAAGUAUUAAGGAAUGAGACAUUAACUGAGUGACAAAUAUAUAUCAUUGUAUCAAACAAUAAAGGCUGUCCGUUCUUCAAUGAGCUCUGUACCGUGUCUGUGUGCUUGUGUGUGUGUGUAUGCUCGAGUAGGAUAGAGUGUAUAUGCAUGCACGUGUAUGUUUUUGUAUUUUAGUUCAUUUCCAGUAACUGCCUCAAGUCAUUUGCAUUUGGAUUGCUGUUACAGUGCUAUUUGGGGUGUUAAUUGGAUUAAUUCCGACAUUUAUUGAUUUGUUGUGUUUUUAUUUUAUUCAAUU